UGCGGUGGAAGUCGGGAACAAUCUAAAGGCAUAGAAGAAAGACCAUGAGGACAUAAAUCGAGAGAGAGAGAGAGAGAGAGAGAGAGAUUGGAAUUGCUUUUGAUUCGCGGAUGACAGUUGAUUCCCCGUCGACUCUGAAGAGGAGAAGGCUCACCACGAUCGAUCCUAUGGACCUGGAAUCAGCCAAGAUGAAACUUGAAGCUGCGAAACAAAAAUUUGGUCAUGAAAUCCGUGUGUUUGAAACCUUGAUUGCUCCUGCAACGCCCAACGAUGUGUCCAGUAGUGAGGAGCCAGAUGACUUCUAUGAGUUCACAGCGGAGGAUUAUUUUCGAAUUAUGGCCACCAGAAAGGAAGAUAAAUUGUUGAAGACAAAAAAAAUCCGAGAAGCAGAAGAGGCUGCUCGUAGGUCCAGGAUAACAAAGGCUGUGAUUAGGGUGCGUUUCCCUGAUAAUUACACAUUACAAGCCACAUUUCAUCCAUCGGAGACAAUCCAGAGUUUGGUUGUUCUUCUUAAGAAAGCUAUUGCUCAACCAGAACUUCCAUUCUAUAUAUAUACUGCCCCUCCAAAGAAGCAAGUAAAGGACUUGUCACAGGAUUUUUACUCUGCUGGUUUUAUUCCUGGUGCAAUUGUGUAUUUCUCUUAUGACCAACCAAAAGGCGACAAUAAUCCUGCUGUAACAGGUCCAUUCCUCCAAGAGGACGUCCUAUCUUUGAAAGGCUUAGAGAUCAUCCCUGAACAGCCAGAACCAGCUGAAGCUGCCCCUGAGACUACAAUGCCCAGUCCCUCCCCCGUUGUCCCUGAACAGAAGCCUGCCGGCAAAAAACCUGCUAAGCCAAAAUGGCUGAAACUGUGAUAUGACCAUAACAAAGCUGAUCACCUUGGUAUUUGAUUGGAAGCGCCUGGAACCGAUAUAUGGUGAAAAGCUUCUUAUGGCAAUCUUAGUGUAUUAUGAACUUCUGAUUUCUCUUACCAGUAAUCUGUCUGUAAUAUGUACCAAUCCCUGAGAUGCUUAUGGUAGGCUGGGCAACUUUUUUAAGGUUGGAUAAGGUUAAAAUUGAUAAUGUGUUUGGAUAAAUAUAUUUUAAGUUGUUAUUUAUAUA